AUGAGAAUUCUUAAAUUUAGUGAGAGCACAACCACAAGCACUGUCACAACUCAGAGCACAACGACAAGCGCUCCUGCAACCGAGAGCACAACCACAACUACAAGUGCUGCAACAACCAAAAGCACAACCACAAGCGCUCCUACAACUACAAGCGCUCCUACAACCGAGAGCACAACCACAACUACAAGCGCUACAACCGAGCACAACCACUACAAGCGCUCCAACAACCGAGAGCAACCACAACUACAAACUACAAGCACUCCUACAACCGAGAGCACAACUACAAGCGCUCCUGCAACCGAGAGCACAGGCACAACCACAACUACAAGCGCUCCUACAACCGAGAGCACAACCACAACUACAACUGAAAGCCCAACUACAAGUGCUCCUGCAACUGAGAGCACAACCACAAGCACUCCUACAUCUGAGAGCACAACCACAACUACAAGCGCUCCUACAACCGAGAGCACAACCACAAUUACAAGCGCUCCUACAACCGAGAGCACAACCACAAUUACAAGCGCUCCUACAACCGAGAGCACAACUACAAGCGCUCCUACAACUGAAAGCCCAUCUACAAGUGCUCCUGCAACCGAGAGCACAACUACAAGCACUCCUACAACUGAAAGCACAACCACAAGUGCUACUACAACUGAGAACAUAACUACAAGCGCUUCUACAACCGAGAGCACAACCACAACUACAAGCGCUCCUGCAACCGAGAGCACAACCACAAGCGCUCCUACAAUGGAGAGCACAACCACAAGCACUCUCACAACUGAGAGCUCAACCGCAAAUGCUCCUGCAACCGAAAGCACAACCACAACUACAAGCGCUCCUACAACCGAGAGCACAACCACAAGCGCUCCUUCAACUGAGAGCACAAACACAAGCGCUCCUACCACCGAGCACAACCACAACUACAAGCUCCUACAACCGAGCACAACCACAAGCACUCCUACAACCGAGAGCACAACCACAACUACAAGCGCUCCUACAACUGAGAUUACAACCACAAGCGCUCCUGCAACUGAAAGCCCAGCUACAAGUGCUCCUGCAACUGAGAGCACAUCCACAAGCACUCCUACAACCGAUAGCACAACCACAAGCACUCCUACAACUGAAAGUACAACCACAAGUGCUACUACAACUGAGAACAUAACUACAAGUGCUCCUACAACCGAGAGCACAACCACAACUACAAGCGCUUCAACAACCGGGAGCUCAACCACAACUACAAGCACCACAAGCGCUCCUUCAACUGAGAGCACAACCACAAGCGCUCCUUCAACUGAGAGCACAACCACAAGCGCUCCUACAACCGAGAGCACAACCACAACUACAAGCGCUCCUACAACCGAGAGCACAACCACAAGCACUCCCACAAACGAGAGCACAACCACAACUACAAGCGCUCCUACAACUGAGAUUACAACCACAAGCGCUCCUGCAACUGAAAGCCCAACUACAAGUGCUCCUGCAACUGAGAGCACAUCCACAAGCACUCCUACAACCGAUAGCACAACCACAAGCACUCCUACAACUGAAAGUACAACCACAAGUGCUACUACAACUAAGAACAUAACUACAAGUGCUCCUACAACCGAGAGCACAACCACAACUACAAGCGCUUCAACAACCGGGAGCUCAACCACAACUACAAGCGCUCCAACAACCGAGAGCACAACCACAACUACAAGCACUCCUGCAACCGAAAGCACAACCACAAGCGCUCCUACAACUGAGAGCACAAGCACAACUACAAACGCUCCUACAACUGAGAGCACAACCACAAGUGCUACUACAACCGAGAGCACAACUACAAGCGCUCCCUCAACCGAGGGCACAACUACAAGCGCUCCCUCAACCGAGGCUACAAGCGCUCCUACAACUGAAAGCCCAUCUACAAGUGCUCCUGCAACCGAGAGCACAACCACAACUACAAGCACUCCUACAACUGAAAGCCCAACUACAAGUGCUCCUGCAACUGAGAGCACAACCACAAGCACUCCUACAACCGAGAACACAACCACAACUACAAGCGCUCCUACAAACGAGAGCACAACCACAAGUGCUCCUACAACUGAGAGCACAACCACAAGCACUCCUACAACCGAGAGCACAACCACAACUACAAGCGCUCCUACAACUGAGAUUACAACAAGCAGUCCUGCAACUGAAAGCCCAACUACAAGUGCUCCUGCAACUGAGAGCACAACCACAAGCACUCCUACAACUGAGAUCACAACCACAACUACAAGCGCUCCUACAACUGAGAGCACAACCACAAGCACUCCUACAACCGAGAACACAACCACAACUACACGCGCUUCAACAACCGAGAGCACAACCAUAACUACAAGCGCUCCUACAACAGAGCACAACCACAACCACAAGCUCCUACAACCGAGCACAACUACAAGCGCUCCUGAGAGCACAACUACAAGCGCUCCAACAACCGAGAGCACAACUACAAGCGCUACUGCAACCGAGAAGCACAACCACUACAAGCGCUCCUGA